AUGGUAUUCUCGCUAGGUAGAAGCAAAGAGAAUGACGAGAUUAAUAAUACUGCAUCAAUCAUAUCGAAGCCUUCCCCUGUUGAGAGUUUGAAGAAUCAAGUACAACAAGAACUAGCAUUAGCUAACGCAACUGAAUUAGUCAAUAAUAUAACUGAUAAUUGUUUCCAAAAAUGCCUAUCAAACCCUUACAGUGAUCCACAACCAAACUGUGUCGAUCAAUGCCUCAACAAAUAUCUAAAAGCUUGGAACACUGUUUCUAAGACAUAUAUUGCAAGAAUUCAAGACCCCUCUACAAGCGGUGAAAUAUAG